GUGCCUGCACCUUCUGGCAGUAGAGAAGGCCAAACACAGACGCUGUCUCACCCGGCAGGCUGCUCCUGGCCACUGCCCUCUAUCCCCGCGCCACAUUCUCUCUCUCUCCACUCAUCGGGUGUCACCGCACAAUGGCGACAUCCGACAUGGAUCAAUUUUUCAAAAGGCAAGCGGCUCCCCCGGGCCCCGCCGUCAACUACGCUGUCAUGUUUGUGGAUAACAGGAUCCAGAAGAACAUGUUGAUGGAUCUGAACAAGGAGAUCAUGAAUGAGCUGGGCAUCACAGUGGUGGGAGACAUCAUCGCCAUUCUCAAACACGCCAAAAUCGUGUACAGGCAGGAGAUGUGCAAGGCGGCCACCGAUGCUA